GAGAAAGGGAGGGAGAGAGUGGUUAAAGGCCACAUAGUCUAUGCGCGUCCAGACAAACAUUUUUCAUCUAGCCUUUUCAAAAAGCCAUACCGAGAACACUACAGAUGGCUUGGGCAGGUUGUUUUCAUUGUUGUUAUUGUUGAUAGAAACCCUCAUCCGAUAUAUAUUGUUCCCCCAGCUUGUUAAUGAUCCAAUUUCAAAGCCCCGACAUUCACCUGCAGAUAAUCUACAUUUACUGGCUCGUAAAGUAAAUGACCCAGUAAAUUGCUGGCGUGCGUCUGACCCCCAAACAGAGUGGGCGAGCUAAAGGACCAAAGUUCACAUUCGAAUAGCGCUCGGCAUAUUUCAGGACAUUAGCGACUGAUCCGUCAAUCCAUCAGCUCCAAAAAUGGCAGUGUUGUUAGGGUUGUACGCUCUGGGCUAUAUGCUGGGCUCUCUCCUGCUGGCGUACCUUCUAUAUGAGCCUCUCAAGCAGUAUGUGUACAAAUGGAACGAGAUGAAGCCAAUUCCAGGAAUGGAGGGCGCUCUCCCGAUCAUUGGCAACGCUCUGCAACUCAAAGCCAAUGCAGGAGAAUUCUUCAACCAGGUUAUUGAAGGCACCAAUGAAUUCAGACACUUACCACUGGCAAAAGUAUGGCUUGGACCUUUACCCAUUGUUGUUCUGUAUCAUCCUGAAACCAUAGAGGGGGUCCUUAGCUCUUCCAGGCACCUCGAUAAAUCGUACUCCUACUCGUUUCUGGAACCUUGGCUCGGGACAGGAUUGCUCACCAGCACGGGUGACAAGUGGCGCAGUCGGCGCAAAAUGCUGACGCCGACGUUCCACUUCUCCAUCCUGACGGACUUCCUGGAGGUGAUGAGCGAGCAGGCCGAGGUGCUGGUCAACAAGCUGCAGAGUCACGUGGGCGGGGAAGCCUUCAACUGUUUCAGCCUCAUCACCCUCUGUGCUCUUGAUGUUAUUUGUGAGACUGCAAUGGGAAAAAAGAUCUACGCCCAAAGUAACUCGGAGUCUCAAUACGUCCGUAGUGUUUACAAAAUGAGUGACAUCGUCAGCAGAAGACAGAGGGCCCCGUGGUUAUGGCCUGACUUUGUCUACAACUUACUGGGGGAGGGAAAAGAACACCAGGAGUGCCUCAGGGUCCUGCACACCUUUACUAGAAAUGUGAUUAAGGAGAGGGCGGAGCAAAUGGCCGGCGCGGAGUCGGACAGCGAGCCAGACGGAGUCAGGAAGAGACGCGCUUUCUUAGACAUGCUUCUGAAAACCACCGACGAAGAUGGCAAGUACUUGAGCCAUGAAGACAUACAGGAGGAGGUGGACACCUUCAUGUUUGAGGGUCACGACACGACUGCAGCUUCCAUGAACUGGGCUCUGCAUCUGAUCGGCUCCCACCCCGAGGUGCAGAGGAAAGUGCACCAGGAGCUCGACGAAGUGUUCGGAGCGUCGGACCGCCAGGUGACCGCCGAGGACCUGAAGAAGCUGCGCUACCUGGACUGCGUCAUCAAGGAGACCCUGCGCCUCUUCCCGUCCGUGCCCUUGUUUGCGCGCAGCAUCUGCGAGGACUGUCACAUCAAUGGGUUCAAGGUCCCUAAAGGGGUGAACGCUGUCAUUAUCCCCUACGCCUUGCAUCGGGACCCUCGGAACUUUCCGGAACCGGAGGAGUUCCGGCCGGAACGCUUCCUGCCGGAGAACAGCGUCGGCAGACACCCAUACGCGUACAUCCCCUUCUCCGCAGGCCCGAGGAACUGCAUCGGACAGCGCUUCGCCAUGAUGGAGGAGAAAGUCAUCCUUGCGAUGGUGUUGCGUCACUUCAAGGUGCUGGCCUGUCAGAAUCGAGAGGACCUCCGGCUCCAGGGAGACCUGGUCCUGCGGCCAGAGGGGGGCAUCUGGAUCCAGCUGCAGAAGAGAUCCAUCUAGAACCCGUCCCUGGUGACCAGGCCUGUCAUGCACUGGGGCUGUGGACUGUAUGUCACUGAGAACUGGUACCAUCACCCAUCCCCUACCAUCAUGUUUAGUAGGCAGAGUCUCUGUGUUCAAGGGGGGGCCAUUGAACACAGAGACUCUGCCUAGUGCCUACUAAACAUGAUGCAAUUCUGUAAUGUGAUACUGUAAACAUGUACUGUAACACUACAAAGGGGAUCAUAAAAACAGCAAUGGCAUUUUUUUUUCAGAUUUUCAUUUUGAAUUGAUUUGUGAUGACAUUUGCGUGCUACGAAAUAACAUUCAUUUAUUCUGGGAAGCAUGCGAUAACACAACUUUUGGAUAAAAUCUGCAAAAUUCAAUUUACUCAGUUCAUUUCAUUAUGCAAUGUUAUACUUGAAAUGAAACCAUCAACGAUACCACAGAGGUAACUGUGCAAUAAUGGAGUCUGUCUGUUUGGAUUGGAGUUUGCAAGUUUCAAGAGUGGAUGCAAGUUAAUGAUAUCACUUCAGCUUUGCUUAUUUAGGGUCCGAUGGGAAUUUAGGUUAAUGAACAUUUUAUUACCACUGCCAAGGAGCUUUUGCUUUUAGUCUGGUGUCCUGAUUUGGCUGUCUGGGCUGUUUGUCCCUCUGCAAAUAAACAAGCAAGCAAACAAAAAUUAAAAGCCCAUAUCCAUUUUGGUGAAACCCAGAGGGGGUGUGGCACGGGCUGAGAGAACCCCUAAACUUUUGGAGCUGAUCCGAAUCACGGGGCGGAUGUUCAAAUAAUUGAUCUCUCUUUGUUGACAUGGUGAGAUGUCUGAAGAAAGCUGCUCUCAGAAUGUCUUUCCAGGUAUUGUCUGGUUUUUCUUGGCCCACGCUCAACAAACUCAUAAGCUCACAUGCUUGGCUUCAUUAUGCAUCUCGUCAGAUGUCUUAAAUAAAGCAGAGGAUCUAGUUAGUCCAUUCUAAUGGAUUUAGAAUACCUCCCCCCCCCGACCUACUCUGCCUUAGCCCAUCCAGCAGGAUCAGUUUCAGCUCUAGUUUAACUUAUUGUCUUGAACGCUUUCCAGCAGUCGGGUUUCAAUUUGGCUAGGAACGCUAAGCAGCCCAAGUCGGGUUUCUCUCCAAACCAUUUGUGAAACGUCCAAGCAAUAAAAGACCCUGGCACCGAUCGGCUCUUGUGGUCCUGCCGCGCCGCGCUGGUCUGGUCCGCGAGGCGGUGUGGCUAUGCCUGAAGUGAUAACGCGCUGGCAAACACACACGCUUGAACCGCCUGUAAAACGAGAAACCCGGCGAAUUGCAAUUUCAGUCUCUGCUCACUGUCAGGCUUCGCAUCGCAUUGCAUGGCAUGUGUUGGCGUUUAAAGACAAAACGACCGAUGUGUUUGUAUGGUCCAAUGCGUUUUGUUUUUGGCUGGAUAUAUGUGGAUGCUGUCUAUAUAGUAGACAGACAAGAUGUGAUAUUCAAGUAGUGAAGUGUCAAGUAGGCAGUCUAGGCUUUACUCCAACGCUCAGGGCCACAUUUCUGCUUAAAGGAAUAUUAGAUGCGUGUCUUGCCAUUCAUGCAAUUAAAUUAAUGUUAUUUUAGGCCAAAUGCUGCUCUUGAUGCCGAGGACGAGUGAGUCUGCUCACAGUGAGUGACUUCACAUAGGGAGGAGGGCAAAAGCAAGACCUCGACGAAUUGCGCUGCUUUUUUUCCAUUCCAUUAACUGGCUGUGGCGCUGCCAAACAGUGGCUCGGCUGAGUUCAAAACAUCCACGGCUUUGAUGUUAAUUUGGGACCUCCAUCCUUUUUACUGAGACGCUACUGAAACUCAUCUACAUUGCCACUUACUUUAGUGUCUGAAGUGCUGCGCUGGAACGUGUGCUAGGCAGUACUGAUUUGAAUAAUUAUUGGAAUGCAUAUAUGGCGUAAAGAAUGAAUGACCCACCUAAUGAAAAAUAUAGCGAUUUUAUUUUUUUAAUAUGUGCCAUAAAUGUCCUGCAACACAUCA